AUGCAUUUCCUUCAGAGUGUUGCCGCGUGUCUUGCGCUGGGAACGUUGACCGGGGUUGGCGCCAGCCACCCAAGCGACGUCUUCAAGCGAGCCAAGAAGUAUGAGCAGAAGCCUCGUGUGAGAGCUGCGCCACCUGUCGCUGCCCCGAAGCUGGCAAAGCGUGAUGUCCCUUUCCUCACCGACAAGACGAAGUCCUUCUCCGUCAACGGCACUGGCAUUCCUGAUGUCCCUUUCGAUAUUGGUACAAGUUAUGCUGGUCUGUUGCCAAUCUCGGACUCUCCCGAUGAGACGAGAAAGCUUUACUUUUGGUUCUUCCCGACGACGAACCCAGAGCCAACCGAAGAGAUUACAUUUUGGUUCAAUGGAGGUCCAGGUUGUAGCUCUCUCUCUGGCCUGUUGACUGAGAACGGACCGUUCACGUGGGAGGCCGGUACUCUCGCUCCCGUUCAAAACCCCUACACAUGGGUGAAUUUGACGAACAUGGUAUGGAUUGAACAGCCGAUUGGCGUCGGAUUCACACAGGGAACGCCGAACAUCACCAACGAAGUCGAGCUCGGCGAGCAGUUUGUUGGAUUCUACAAGAACUUCAUGAAGACGUUUGACCUUCAAGGCCGCGACAUCUAUCUCACCGGAGAGAGUUAUGGAGGCUACUAUGUUCCAUACGUUGCAGAUGCAAUCUUGAAAGAGAACAGCACCGACAUGCCUCUAGCGGGCAUUGCUAUCAAUGACCCCAUCAUCGCAGAUGGCACAAUGCAGCAGCAAACCGUCAUCUAUGACUAUGUUGAGUACUGGAACAAGCUUCUAUACCUCAACGAGACCUUUGUGAACGUCCUCAAGGAGCGGAAUGAUGCAUGUGGCUACACCGAUUUCAUGGACAAAUACUUCAAGUUCCCUCCGCCCAACGAGAAGUACCCGGUUCUCGCCGAUCCAUACGAGGACGAGAACGCGACUUGUGCUCAGUUUGACAAUGCCUUGGAAGCCAUCCUCCUGGUCAACCCAUGCUUCAACCUAUAUCACAUCACUGAGACAUGCCCACAUCCUUACAGCCAGCUCGGCAUUGUCAACUCGGGAGACUACACACCACCAGGUGCUGAAGUCUACUUCAACAGAACCGACGUGCAAAAGGCGAUCAACGCUCCAGUCGGAACCAACUGGGAGCAAUGUUCAAGCAUCAAUGUCUUUGGAUUGGAGGGCAACAACCAGUCGAUUGGCGAUACCAGCUUGGGCCCCGCUCAGAACGGUGUGCUGGAGCAUGUCAUUGAAUGCACCAAUAAUGUCAUUAUUGGAUCAGGAAACCUCGACAUGCUAUUGAGCACCAAUGGAACUCUGCUCGCCAUCCAGAACAUGACCUGGAAUGGUCAGCAGGGUCUUCAGGAAUAUCCCGGCAAAGAAUUCUACGUGCCCGAUCACCCGGAAUUUAACGGCGGUGCUCUUACCGGCUCAGGACUUCAAGGGUACUGGGGCACCGAGCGAGGUCUGACUUUCUACCAAGUUCAACUGGCCGGCCACGAGCUUCCUGGGUUCACUGCGGGCGCUGGAUAUCGAUCCAUCGAGCUUCUGCUUGGAAAGAUCAAGUCCUUGUCUGAGCGAGGAAGUUUCACUACGCAGUCGGGUAACUUCACGGCGUCUGGAAAUCUUACGGGCGCCACGGAGAUGUAUCACCUGUGA